CGUCACUCUGAUCUGCUGGCGUCCGCCUCCGCUCCGUCGCUUUUGUUUUGAAUAGAUUAGCUAGUUCCCAGGCAGCUAACCGGACUCGGGAUGGAAGAGGAGCCGGAGACCGGGAACUCGUCCCGGACGGAGAGGAAAGCGCUGGAAAAAGCCAAAAUACUGCAGCGCGAAAGGGAGAGGAAGGUUUUCCGACUGGUCGGACGGGUUCUGAAGAAGCCGGAGGCCCAGCGGUCGGAGGAAGAGGCCGCGGCGCUGCUGCUGCACAGGGAGGCGGUGGAGGAGCUCUGCAGGAGGCAAAUCCGUAGAAAUGUCCUGAAGAGGAAGCAGGAGGAGGUGUUUGACGAGGUCGAUGAGUUGAAAAGUAAAGUCCAGCAGCUGGCUGCGGCAGUAAAGCAAGCCGGUCACCUGGUGGUUUACACCGGAGCCGGAAUCAGCACGGCGGCCUCCAUCCCCGACUACAGAGGCCCGAACGGGGUGUGGACGCAGCUGCAGAAGGGCCGCACCGUAAGCUCUUCAGACUUGAGUAAAGCUGAGCCCACCGUCACACACAUGAGUAUCAGGACGCUGCAUAAGGAGAAGCUGGUGAAACAUGUUGUCUCUCAGAACUGUGAUGGACUCCACCUGCGAAGCGGUCUGCCUAGACAGGCCCUGUCUGAGCUCCACGGAAACAUGUUCAUCGAGGUGUGCACCGCCUGUUCCCCGGCGCGGGAGUUUGUGCGUUUGUUCGACGUGACGGAGCGGACGUCGCUCCACCGCCACGGGACGGGCCGCGCGUGUCGCCACUGUGGCAGCGAGCUGAGGGACACCAUAGUGCACUUUGGGGAACGUGGGACCCUGGAGCAACCGCUGAACUGGAAGGGAGCGGCGGAGGCUGCCAAGGAGGCCGACGUCAUUCUCUGCUUAGGCUCCAGUCUGAAGGUGCUAAAGAAAUACGCUUGUUUGUGGUCCAUGAAUAGACCUGCUAACAAAAGGCCCAAACUCUACAUCGUGAACCUCCAGUGGACCCCAAAGGAUGAUCUGGCUGUGCUGAAGAUCCACGGCAAGUGCGACGAUGUCAUGAGUCUCCUGAUGGAGGAGCUGAACCUGCAGAUUCCUAAAUACAGCAGAGCAGAGGACCCUAUCUUCAGUCUAGCUACGCCUCUUCACCCAGAAGAGAUCCAAAGCCAUACUCGAGAGGUCCUGGCCGCCCCUGACGGGCAGGAGGGCCCCUCAGCCGAGGAGAGACAGCCGUCGGAGGAAAGCUCAGCCCUGCAGGGGGGCUGGUUCGGUCGAGGCUACAGCAAAGGCAGGCGGAAAAAAAAGAAAAAAGCUUCCUAACGGAGAGGAAGAAGUGCAGUCAGGUGCUACCGGUGAUUUAAAACUCCUGUCCCACCGAUGAGGACAAGACUCCAGCUUUAAAAUGCUGUUGCUGCCUCUGUUGUAUUAUAAAAUAUACACAUGCAGCAUGUGUAUGAGUGAGGGCAUUGACAGAGAGCUCUUUGCACUGUUAUUCUGUUCCACGUUUACUCCACAGUAACAGCGGGAUUUAGAAGCAGCUCCUGUUGUAUUUUUAUACUACCUUUAUGAUGGCAGCUACUAGAUCUGGGUUAAAAAGAGCUACACUUUAACUCACUUCAGCUGCUAUGGAAUUACUAAGCAGGGAAAUUAACAGAAGUGUUGGUUUAAAACUCUCCUAGG